CUUCUCUCAAUUGUCAGUACUUGUCUUAAAAAAAGAAGAGUACUGCAAUAAAACCUUCUCCUAUAUUUUCACUUGUCAGGGUCAACUAAACGACAAAUACACACACACACUCUGUGUGACGAACUCAUCCAGUUUCUGUGCCACUUCAAUUAACUUUCUUUUUAUACAUUCACAAGCUUUACAUUGCUUCCUCUCUACCCUUUCCCUUCUCUUUUUCCACCUUUUCUUCUUCUUCCACAGAUAAACUAUUUAUCUACUUUUUUUUUUAUCAGCCAAAAAGAACAGUUGUUGAUUGUGACACCGACAGUUUAAAACAAGAGAUAAAGAGGCUAUGGAGAGAAAGGUGAUAAUAAUUAGUGGUGUUGUGGGAUUUCUUGGGUUGUUAUCUGCUGUUACUGGUUUUGCUGCUGAGGCUACAAGGGUUAAGGGUUCUCAGGUCCAAUUCCCCUCUCCUUCAGAAUGUGUAUAUCCAAGGAGUCCUGCACUGGGUCUUGGACUGACUGCUGCUACGGCGCUUAUGGUUGCUCAAAUAAUUGUCAAUGUAGCUAGUGGAUGUGUCUGUUGCCGGAAAGGCCCACAUCAAUCAGGAUCUAAUUGGACACUGGCACUAAUAUGUUUUGUUGUAUCCUGGUUUACAUUUGUUAUAGCAUUUCUAUUACUGCUAACGGGCGCAGCGCUGAAUGAUCAGCAUGGUGAAGAGAGCUUGUACUUUGGCAACUACUAUUGCUAUGUUGUAAAGCCUGGAGUAUUUGCGGGAGCUGCUGUCUUGUCCCUUGCCAGCGUUGCUCUUGGAAUUAUCUAUUAUAUUUCCUUGACAUCCACAAAGAACAGUAACGAUCCAUGGCAUCCACCAGCUCCAAGUCAAGGUGGCAUUGCAAUGGGACACCCACAAUUUCCUUCACAGACCAGUCAGGAUCCAGUUUUUGUUCAUGAAGAUACUUACAUGAGACGUAUAUCUACAUGAUUGUGCCUAGAUCUUGUAUGUUACACAAGGAAUGGAGGUGUGAGGGGUGAAAGAAUUGUCUUCUGUAUGUGGACCAUUUGUGAGCUGUAUCAUACAAAGUUAUUGUUUUUAAAUUUGCUAUGGUAGUGAUAGCUUAAUUUUGUCGGAAAUAUGUAGCCUUAUAGCUUGUAUCUGGAGGUGAUGUGUGUAUGUAAUCCAAAAUUGCAACAUACUCGUAUGAACUCUGUAGUUUCGGAUACUGUCAUUAGUAAUGGUUCUUGCUCUAGUUUCACAGGGUUGGACUGUGAGGAAGAGCAGAAGGAAAGCUGUCACUAUUGGGUUCACCUUCUUGAACUUCAGAAUUAUUUUCCUGGACAACGGAAUUUAUGUUUAGGAGGAAUUGAAAUACAAAAUGCUGGAUGUGAAUACCUGUUUUAA